AAUGCCCAAAUCGCGGGAUGAUCAUGUCAACAACAACAACAGCCUUCGAGUUGUCUAACAUUGGUGGUAUUGAGUCGACGCCGGGUGAUAAAAAUUAGCCGAUGAUAGCGAGGUGGCAGAACGAUCAAACAAUUUAGAUUUUCGUUUCGCCGGCAGUCUGGACCUCCCACUCUUUCUCACCGGACUACUUCGUACCAAGACCGGGAACCAACUCAGAAAUCUACACCUCCCAGAAUCGAACUCGCAAAAUGCAAGAACGGGUGCGCGGCAACAAAAAGUGAAAAGACCACUAUGCUAUACAUGGCCUCUCGACGAAAUCACAAGGAUUGGGUACCAUGCCUCUCGCCAGGAGCGACUCGCUGCAGGACAUCGACUUCACCCUCCGGCGGCAGUUCAAUAAAACGACGUUCAGACCGCACCAGCGUGAGAUCAUUCUCGCUGCCCUCGAUGGGAAAGAUGUCUUCGUCCAGGCAGCCACAUCGUUUGGCAAGAGUUUAUGCUUUCAGCUGCCUGCCGUGAUAGACCCGGGGAUCACAAUCGUUAUCUCUCCGCUUUUGAGUCUCAUGAUGAACCAAGUCGAGGCUCUCCGUGCGGCCAACGUUGAUGCCCGUACACUAAACAGCAAUAUCGCUCUCUCUGAGCGGGACCGGAUCUACCAGGAUCUGGCUACGGGCCACCCGCGCACCCGACUCCUUUACGUGACCCCCGAGCUCUGCUCCUUCGACCGCUUCCGCGAGCGGCUCAAAUUCGUCUAUGAGCAGAAAGAGCUCGCCCGCAUCGCCGUCGAUGAGGCCCACUGUAUUUCAGAAUGGGGUCAUGACUUUCGCAAGGACUUCAAACGCCUCUCAUGGUUCCGCGAGACCUUUCCGGACGUCCCCAUUAUGUGUCUCACCGCCACCGCCAACGAGCAAGUCCGACGAGACAUCCUGUCCACCCUGGGGAUGGAUAAAGUGCCCGAGAGGUUGCGGAACUUCACCAUGACCGCCCACCGGCCGAACCUCCACCUCGAAGUCCGUUUCACAAGCGACGAGGCCAACGACCGCUACGACGACUUCGUCACCUGGCUCAAGGGGGUAUACUCGCGACGGGCUGCCGCCGACCGCAAACCCGAGCUAGAAGCCGCGAGCGAGCGGGUCGACAGUGUCCCGGGCAUCAUCUACACCAUCUCGCGCGACGAGUGCGAGUCCCUCGCGGCAGCCCUCCGCUGCGAGGAGAUCGGCGCGCGCCCCUUCCACGCGAAGCUGCCCAAGGGGGUCAAGGAGGAGACGCUCGCGCGGUGGAUCGCCAACGAGCCCGGGUACGACAUCAUCGUGGCUACUACGGCGUUCGGCAUGGGCAUUGAUAAGGAGAACGUGCGGUUUGUCGUGCACUGGCGCCUGCCCAAGAGCUUCGAGGGCUACUACCAGGAGGCUGGCCGGGCCGGGCGUGACGGGAACGCGAGUUACUGCUUCUUGUACUAUGCCCGCGAGGAUAGGGAUCGGGUGUGUAAUAUGGUGAUGAAGGACGGGCCGCCGGGAAAUGACAAGAACAAGCAGGCGCGGAUGCAGAGCCUGAACCGGCUGGUUGCCUACUGCGAGGAUACGAGUGGUUGUCGGCAUGCCGCGAUUUGCAAGUAUUUUGGGGAGGAGAAAGUACCAGAGUGCGAUUAUGCGUGUGACUGGCAUAAAGAUGCGGCAGGGCUAAAGAAGAGGAUGAUGCGGGGACUGGCCAGCGAGGAGUGGGUGAGUACGCAGCGGCAGGAGGGGAUGUAUGAUGAUUAUUAUUACAGCGAUUAGGGGGCGAACAAUGAGCCCUGAACGCCAAACGAGGACGGCUUAUAACGCUAGG